CUUGAAUCACAUACUGUGUCUGCCUUGGCUCCUCACGAUUGCUUCAACAGAUCGAUCCAUCCAAAAUUAGUACGAACCCAAUAUUUCUACAGGCCAUGUUACGAUCCUAUAGCAUCCGAAAGUAGACAAAAAGACCCUCUUCCCUAUCCUCUUCCUUGUCCUUCCUCUCGCGCAUUCACACAAACAUGGGUUCCACUCAAAGAGACAACAAAGGCAUUCGCAUCGCCAUCGACAGGGGCGGCACCUUUACAGACUGCGUGGGCAGCCUCGGCGGCGAGGACGUCGUCAUCAAGCUGCUCUCCGAGGACCCAGCCAACUACGAUGACGCCCCUCUCGAAGGCAUCCGCCGUAUCAUGUCGCACUUUUUGCACCGCGAGAUCCCCCGCGGCGAGGCCCUCGACACCUCCCAAAUCGACUCCAUCCGCAUGGGCACCACGGUCGCCACCAACGCCCUCCUUGAGAGAAAAGGCGAGAGGAUCGCCAUGGUCGUUACCAGAGGGUUCAGGGACUGCCUCCUCAUAGGCAACCAGUCCCGCCCCAAGAUCUUCGACCUGGCCAUCCGAAAACCCGAUGUGCUCUACUCGGAGGUUGUCGAAGUCGACGAGCGCGUCACUCUCGAGGACUACGCCGAGGACCCUAGCCGGAAUCCGACCAAGGUGGACGCCAAAGCGGGGGAAGACGCUAUUGCUGAUGUUGUCAUGGGCUUGUCGGGCGAGGCAGUGCGGAUCCUGCAGCGGCCUGCUGAGACGACGGUGAGGGAACAGCUGCAGGCCGUCUACGACAGGGGCAUCAGGAGCAUCGCCGUCUGCUUGAUGCACGCAUACACGUUCCCGGACCACGAGGCUGUCGUCGGUAGGGUCGCCAGGGACAUCGGCUUCCGGCACGUCUCGCUCAGCUCCGAGCUCAUGCCCAUGAUCAAGCUCGUCUCGAGGGCGACGUCGGUCUGCGCGGACGCCUACUUGACUCCGGCCAUCAGGAAAUACAUUGACGGUUUCCAGAGGGGCUUCGAGGGCGGGCUGGGCACCAGGAGCGUGAUGGAGGAGAACCCCGGCAGCGACAGGGGUGCGAGGUGCGAAUUCAUGCAGAGCGACGGCGGCCUGGUCGACGUGGAGAAGUUUACAGGUCUCAAGGCUAUCCUGUCGGGUCCCGCUGGUGGUGUGGUUGGCUAUGCCAUCACGUCGUAUGACCCUGACACGAGGAUUCCCGUGAUCGGCUUCGACAUGGGCGGGACAAGCACCGACGUCUCGCGGUACGGCGAGGGCCGGUAUGAUCACACGUUCGAGACCACGACGGCCGGUGUCACCAUACAGUCGCCACAGCUCGACAUCAACACAGUAGCAGCCGGCGGCGGCUCAAGGCUGUUCUUCAGGAACGGCCUGUUCGUGGUAGGGCCCGAGUCGGCCGGUGCCCACCCAGGCCCGGCUUGCUACCGAAAGGGCGGCCCAGCCACCGUUACCGAUGCGAAUUUGUUCCUGGGAAGGCUGCUGCCCGACUUCUUCCCCAAGAUAUUUGGCAAGAAUGAGGACGAGGGUCUUGACCUGGGAGCGAGCGAGAAGGUGCUGCAGGAGCUGACCGACCAGGUGAACAAGGAGACGGGCAAAAACAUGUCAGUCGACGAGGUGGCGUAUGGGUUCCUGACCGUCGCUAACGAGAGCAUGACGCGCCCGAUUCGUUCCAUCACCGAGGCCAAGGGCCACGACUCAUCCAAGCACCGGCUGGCUACCUUUGGCGGCGCCGGGGGCCAGCAUGCGGUCGCCAUCGCCGACGCACUCGGGGUCAGGCAGAUACUGGUGCACCGCUACUCAUCAGUGCUGUCUGCAUACGGCAUGGCGCUAGCAGACGUCGUUGACGAGCGGCAGGAGCCCGACUCGGCGGUGUGGUCUGAUGAUGACGAGGAGGGCAAGGUGGUCUACGAACUCAGGAAGAAGAUGGAGUCGCUGAAGGACAAGUCUCGCAAGGCUCUGCAAAACCAAGGGUUCGACGACAAGGACAUUGUCUUUGAGGAGUACCUCAACAUGAGAUACCGCGGUACGGAAUCUGCCCUCAUGAUCGUAAAGCCUAGCGAAGAGGAUGCACAAGAACACUUUGGCGGCAAGGACUGGGCAUUUGGCAAGGCAUUUGUAAAACAUCAUCGAUAUGAGUUUGGAUUCACCCUCGACGACCGGGACAUUAUUGUCGACGAUGUGCGGGUGCGAGGCAUUGGGAAGAGUUUCAGGUACGAAGAAAAAACCGUCGAUCAACAGCUCAAAACCCUAGAGCGACAGGACGUCUCCUCAAAGAAGCAGCACUCAGUUGCACAGGUGUACUUUGAAGGCCGGGAGGACACACCCAUCUAUAAACUUGAUGAGCUCGACGUUGGAACGGUCAUCCACGGCCCGGCGAUGCUGGCAGACGGCACACAGACCAUCGUCGUCACGCCCAAAGCCGAGGCCGUCAUCCUCGGGACACACGUCGUGAUCAACAUCACAGACAGCAAGGGCAGCAGGGAUGAUGAUGAUGAAUCAGAGAAAGACAGAUCGAAGCGAGAGGUUGACCCUAUCCUGCUCAGCAUCUUCGGGCAUCGGUUCAUGGCGAUUGCGGAACAGAUGGGCAGGGCGCUCCAGAAGACGAGCGUGAGCACCAACGUCAAGGAGCGGCUUGACUUCUCCUGUGCCAUCUUCGACUCGACGGGAGGGCUGGUGGCGAAUGCGCCCCACCUGCCUGUGCAUCUGGGCUCGAUGGGCACUUGCGUAAAGCGUCAGGCCGAGAUCUGGAAGGGCGAUUUGAAAAAAGGUGAUGUGAUCAUCUCCAACCAUCCGUCGUAUGGUGGGACACAUCUUCCCGACGUCACGCUCACAAUGCCUGCUUUUGACGAGAAGGGGGAGAAUAUCCUCUUCUACGCCGCGUCGAGGGCCCACCACGCUGACAUUGGCGGCAUCACCGCGGGCAGCAUGCCGCCGCACUCCCGCGAGCUGUUCCAGGAAGGGGCCGCCAUCAAGAGUGAAAAGCUCGUCAGCCAGGGUUCCUUCAACGAGCAGCGCGUCGUCGAGCUCUUUUACAACGAGCCUGCCAAGUACCCUGGGUGCAGUGGGACGCGAUGCCUGGCCGACAAUAUCAAUGACCUGCGAGCGCAGGUCUCUGCGAAUCAAAAGGGUAUUUCUCUGAUUGAGAACCUCAUUGCCGAGUACGGCGAGGACACUGUCAUGUUCUAUAUGAAGAACAUCCAGGACAAUGCCGAGGCAUGCGUGCGGAGACUUCUCAAGGACGUGAGCAAAAAGUUUGAGGGCAGGGGCCUCUCGGCUGUCGACUUUAUGGAUGAUGGGAGCCCGAUUGCCCUGAAGGUCACCAUCGACGCCGACAAGGGCGAAGCUGUCUUUGAUUUUGAGGGUACCGGUGCUGAGGUGUAUGGCAACGUCAAUGCGCCAGAAGCAGUGACCUAUAGCGCCAUCAUCUACUGCCUCCGCUGCCUCAUAUCAGAAGACAUUCCCCUGAACCAAGGCUGUCUGAAGCCAAUCAAAGUGAAAAUCCCCCCCAAAUCCCUCCUCUCGCCCUCGGACCAUGCCGCCGUGGUAGGCGGCAACGUCCUCACCUCCCAGCGCGUCACCGACGUCAUUUUCAAAGCUUUCCAGGCCUGCGCCGCCUCCCAGGGCGACUGCAACAAUCUCACUUUCGGUUUCGGCGGCAACGUGGCCGGUCAGGACGAAGUCAAAGGGUUUGGCUACUACGAGACCAUCGCAGGCGGGUCCGGUGCUGGGCCCCACUGGGACGGCACGAGCGGUGUGCACACGCAUAUGACUAACACGCGCAUCACGGACUCGGAAGUCUUUGAGAGGCGGUACCCCGUUCUCCUGCGGGAGUUCUCCAUCCGGAAGGGGUCGGGUGGUAACGGUCAGCACCGCGGUGGGGAUGGCGUCGUGCGGGACAUUGAAUUCAGGAUUCCUGUGCAGGUGUCUAUUCUUAGUGAGCGGCGGGUGUAUCACCCGUACGGCCUCGCGGGGGGCGAGGAUGCCGCAUGUGGACUGAACGUCUGGGUGAGGAAGGUCGAGAAGGCCAGCUGGGAGAGACAGCUCAGACGGCUCAAGCAGGGAGAAGACGAAGACAUCGAGUACGAGGAGAGACACAUCAACCUCGGCGCCAAAAACAGCGCGCCCAUGAAGGCUGGGGACAGGAUCAUCAUCAACACGCCUGGAGGCGGUGGCUGGGGCAAAGUCGGGGAGGAGAAGAGCCACCGGAGCCAGGCUGCAGACCCGACAGAAGGCUGGAGAAAGGGGAGCCAUGCUGCGAGGGAGGAUACGGCGCUGCAGGUCUGAUGAUAUGAAGCAUCUCUUCUACUGAGCACAUAGAGCACAAUCUGAAAAAUGGAACAAAGACAUGAUAUGUU